AUGUCUGAUCGGCGACGAAUUAACGGGCCAGGAGGUCCUACUAACCCUCCUGUCUACGAUGAGGAUUUAAUAAUCAAGCCAGUUCGCACCAGGAAUAAUAAUGAUGUCCGACCAUUUUAUCUGAAGACUGGUGUAACACCAUCAGCAUCGGGCUCAGCCUACUUGGAAAUAGAUCAAAGUACUGGGAGUGGCUUUGGCAUGAAGUUUACCUGCACCGUGCAUGGACCUCGAUCACUUCCUCGAUCAGCACCGUUCUCUCCUCAUAUGGUUAUAUCAACCCAUGUCAAAUAUGCUCCUUUUGCUACACGACAGCGCAAAGGCUAUCUCAGAGAUGCCAGUGAGCGAGAUCUGAGUAUACAUUUAGAAACUGCCUUGCGCGGUGCUGUUAUUGCGGAUCGCUGGCCAAAAAGCGGUGUCGAGGUGGUUGUAACUAUUGUGGAAGGUGACGUGAGCCGCCAGACAACCAUCGAUGAAGGCCAUGAGGAGUGGAACACCAUGUCUAUACUCAGCGGAUGCAUCACUGUUGCUUCUGCUGCGAUUGCCGAUGCUGGAAUCGAUAGCGUUGAUGUUGCUGCAGGGGGGGUUGCCGCACUUGUGCAAGACGAAGGCAUUGGGAAAGAGCCAAUAUUAGUCAUGGACCCUUCUGUCUCCGAGCACAAGACUAUUUUAGCUGCCUGUUGUGUGGCAUAUUUGCCAGCUCGAGACGAAAUUACGAAUCUCUGGUACAAGGGGUCUUCAUGUGGCUCUCACCUUGCAACAUACCGAUCUUUGGUUGGCAGGGCAGUUCUUGCGAGCAAGGGAGCCGGAAAAGCAAUAUCGGUGUCUCUUAACGAGGCGGCUCUGUUAGCUUAA